AUUAACUAAGCCCACUUUCCAUUUAAUCCCGUUUCGUCGGGUCUAAUGGAGAAACGGCAAAGGUUUCUCCCCGUUUCCUUCUUCCUCUUCAGCACUCUCGUCGUGUUGUUCGCCUGUCCGGCGAUCGGAGCAGCCGACGAUCACCACCCCGUAAUUCCGACCACGGCGAGGACAAAGCGCGACGCGCGUGAGCACCACCGCCACAACGGCCGCGUGAAGCUGUUCGUUUUCGGGGACUCCUACGUGGACACGGGCAACUUCGAGCCCAACAACGGCUCCUGGCUGCCGCCUUUCGGCCGCACUUUCCCCGGCGUCCCCAGCGGCCGCUUCUCCGACGGCCGCGUCCUCACCGAUUACAUUGCUGACUUCCUGGGGAUAAGGACGCCGAUUGCUUACCAACAAAUAAAAGCGGGGGACGGCGGCGAGCAGCUGAAGUCCGGUGUGAAUUUCGCCUACGGCGGCACCGGCGUCGUCAGCGCGAUCAGCAAGGGCCCCGUACUCGGCGACCAGAUCAGCCAGCUCGGUCAGAUGAUACGACACCGUUUCUACAAUCAGACGGACCUCGACAACUCCGUCGCACUUGUUGCCGCCUCCGGCAACGAUUACAAGUACGCCACCCUCAAGAACGUAACGGCUCUGACGAGAAAGUUGAUAAAGCAGCAGAAAACCGACCUCCGGCGAAUCCACGACGAGCUCAGAAUCCCGAAAAUCGCCGUCCUACUCAUGGAGCCCGCCGGCUGCCUACCGCACAGCGCCGGCCCGUCCGCCAUGCACAGCUCCAAGUGCAACGAAGCCCACAACGCCAUCGUCAGCAACCACAACCAGCUCCUGAAGCAAGCUGUCCACGACCUGAACAAGGAAACGACGACGAACAACAACAAGAAGAAGAAGAAUGGUGGCACUUUCGUAAUUCUGGAUCUCUUCCAGGCCUUCUCCAAUGCGCUGGAGGAGCACAAGUAUCAUACGGGUAGCUUGAGGUACAAGAAUCCGCUGAAGCCGUGCGUGACGCUGGCGCGUGGGAAAUGGCCGUGUGGUUUGGGGAAUGACAAUGGCGGCGGAGUUAGGGUUUGUAAGCACCCGGAGCUGGCUUUCUUUUGGGAUUGUAAUCAUCCGAGUCAGAACGGGUGGAAUGAGGUUUAUUUGGCUUUACAACAUUCCCUCUACCAGCUUUAUGAUGCUUGAUAUUAUACAUAUAAGUCAUUUAUCAUGAGCUUCUUAGGGCUUGAUAAAACAAAAAAAAAAAAAAAAUCGCAGUGGUGGAAAAAGAAAACUGGAGUGAUGGGAUGUAAAAAGUUUAACAUCUAGCGCGAUUUGAUUUGAAUCGUGAUAGUUGAGGAGAUGGAGGGUAAAGCGUCACCAAAUUUCCAAACUAGAAUUAUAAAAUUUCCGAUGUAUUUCUUGUCAUAUCUAGAAGUUGAGAAAUAUCACCAUGACGUGGCUUGCUCCGUCAGUAAAUUUGUAAAAUAAAG